GCACUGACAUUUUUUCUACGUUGCGUUCUAGGCGGGCUCCAUCUUGCGCUGGAACGGAGCACCAUUCGGGGAAAGGUCGUGCGCGCCUUUGACUGGGACCAGACUGCCUGCCAAGUCUACAGCGCGAACCGCGGUGCGGAUGUCGUCCAAAAGGUCGAUAUCUCGACACUGGGGGCGGCCGAGCUGGCGCGGUACGCAGCUGAUCUAUGGUUGCUGUCGCCGUCCUGCCAGCCGUAUACGGUACUGAACCCCCUCGCGAAGGGCGCGGCGGACCCCCGCGCGCGGUCUUUCUUGCACCUCGUAGAGAAUGUGCUACCGCCGCUCGUCGCGUCCGGUGCCCACCCGCACUACCUGCUCAUCGAGAACGUCGCAGGAUUCGAGACGUCGAGCACGAGGCAAGUGCUACUACAAACGCUCAAGGGCCUCGGAUACGCCACGCUCGAGCUGCUCUUGACGCCAUUGCAGCUCGGCAUCCCGAACUCGCGCCUCCGGUAUUACCUGCUCGCCAAAAUGGCACCACUGACAUUCAAGUUCCCUGCGGACGGCGAGCCUGAGCGCGAUCGCGUAUGGCGGCAUAUUCCCGGGCGCGGUGCAGACUGGGACCAACGGCACCAGCACGCGAUACCAGACAAGGUGCUGGAGAAGUGGGGCCGGUUGUUCGACAUCGUGGUGCCGUCAGCACGCAGAACGUGCUGUUUCACGCGAGGCUAUACCCAGCUCGUUGAGCGGGCGGGAUCGGUUUUGCAGGAGAACGAAGCCCUUGAUGCGGCGGAAAUUCCAGGAGCGGUUACGCUUCUGCAUCCGCUGCGGCUCCGUUAUUUCUCGCCCAAGGAGCUGUUGCGGCUGUUUUACUUCGAGAGCUGCAAGGAUGGCGGGGAAGGGGUAUUUCAGUGGCCAGAGAGGGUGUCGAGGAAGAGCCAGUACCGGCUGAUAGGGAACAGUGUGAAUGUGCGGGUUGUGCGGGAGCUAAUAGACUUUCUGUUUGAGUGA